AUGCCCAAGGACACAAUUGUAGUGAUCGGAGCGGGUGUAAUUGGCCUUUCCACCGCACUAUUCAUCCAACAACACCUCGCCCCGACGCAAUCCAUCCUUCUCGUAGCCCGCGACUUCCCAUCGGAAACUUCCGUCAACUACGCCUCGCCAUGGGCAGGAGCCCACUAUCGUCCGGUGCCAGGCUCCUCACCACAGGCCCUGAGAGAGGCGAACCAAGCGCAGCGCACGUACGAGUUCCUGAAACGGACUGCGGCUGCUGAGCCCGGCGCGGGCAUCAAGUUCGUCCAGGGCGUUGAGUACCUCGAGGCUCCGCCGCCAGAGUACCUGGAUCAGCAGAGUGUGCGCAAUGUCUAUUCGCAUCUGGAUGGGUUCGAAUCUCUGGGGAAAGAGGAGGUUCCGGCUGGCGUGGUGUGGGGUGUGAAGUACGGGACGUAUGUGAUCAACUCGCCUGUUUACUGUGCGCAUUUGCUGCGCAAGUUCGUUCUCAAGGGAGGUGAGACGAGGCAGUAUACGCUCGCCAAUGUGAAGGAGGCGUUUAGUAUGGCGGGGAAUGUGAAGACCGUGGUGAACUGCUCCGGAAGUGGGUUUGAGGACCCGAGGUCGUUUAUUAUUAGAGGUCAAACAUGUCUCGUCCGUAACCCUGUCUCGAAGACCAUUACUCGACAGAAUACGGAUGGCUCGUGGUCCUUCUGUAUCCCGCGCCCCCUCGAAGGCGGGACCAUCAUUGGAGGCACGAAGGAACCGCAUAACUGGGACCCGAACCCGUCGCUGGAAAUCAGGCAGCGGCUCCUCGCCAACGCAACCAAGUGGUUCCCUUUCACGUCCGAGAGCGGCGGCCAGUUCGAUGUGAUUCGCGAUAUUGUCGGUAGGCGGCCGGCUCGAGAGGGCGGUCUGCGCAUUGAGGCGGAGAAGCUCGCUGAUGAUCGAUAUAUCGUUCAUGGGUAUGGUGCUGGUGGACGCGGGUUUGAGCUGUCUCGUGGUGUUGCGGAAGACAUUGUAGCUCUGAUGCUCGAGGAGAGGCUGCUGCAGGCUAAAGCCUCACUGUAA